GUAUUGUCUAGGAGUAUGUGUCUCUCUCUCCUUGCAUAUCUGCGGCAGAGGGUAAACAGGCCCAUAAGCCUCCCUAGCACCCAUUCUCUGGGAAGCUGCGAAAGGACACAUUCACAGGUAUUUUGUAGCCCUGAGCUCUCCCUUGGCUUGGAGCAAAACAGAGUCUUCCCAGAGAGAUUGUCUUCUUUGCUUUCAUCUAGCGCUCUUCUAUGCACGGCUCUCAAAGGAGGUAGGUUGACAGCACAGUGGAGCGUGGAGGAUGAGGAGGAGGCAGCGAGAGAGCGGCGUAGAAGGGAACGGGAAAAACAGCUGCGGUCCCAGGCAGAAGAUGGCUUGAACAAUGCCAACUCCUCCUCAGAGAGCGGGAUGCCAGCACAGGAAAAUGAGUUUGAAUUUAAGCCCUCCGGACCUUCCGAAAUGGAAGAGGAUGAGGGGUUCAGCGACUGGUCCCAGAAGCUCGAGCAGCGCAAACAGAAGUGGGCCAGCGAGGGAGCACAAGCAGGGGAGCGAACGUCCCCCCAGGAAUGGAGAGAGGCCCAGGAAGUUGUGCCUACUUGCAGAGGAGAAAGGUCCCUUCCCUUCUCUAUCUCCAGGUCUCCAAGACACUCUAACGAGGAAGAGGACAGUGGUUUGAGGGAAGCAGAAGUCAAGCUGGAGCAGGUCCAGCUGAAUCAGGAGGGGCCGGAGGAGAUUCCUGAGGAGAAUGAAGAGCUGAGGCAGGAGCAGCUGGAGACAGAGGAAAGUCCUCUACUUCUUGUGGAAGAAAGCAUUGAAAAGCAGCAGCAGCAGGAGGAGGAGGAGGAGGAGGAUGACGACAAAGCUGGGCAGGAGGAGAAGAAGAGGAGGAGGAAUGAGGAGGAGGAGACAACACCAGAAAAACGCCAGAAAGCCCCGAGCACCUCUAGCUUGGAAGGGGACGAGGAUGAACCACGUGAUGGCCAGUCCCCAGUGAGUUCCUCAACGGUAGAAUUCCUCCUUCCUCCUUCCUCCAGCAACAGCGUGAAGAAGUCUCAGCCACCACUUCCCGUUUCCAAGAUUGAUGACAGACUGGAGCAGUACACUCAUGCUAUUGAGACAUCCGGGAAGGCUCAGAAACUCGUCCGCCAGUCUUCCCUUGAACUUGCCACCACAAGCAUGGUGGUAGCCAGCACAAAAAGCCUCUGGGAGACAGGAGAGGUUGCAACUCAGUCCUCUAAGUCCCCAUCCUGCAAGGAUAUCGUGGCAGGAGACAUUGUGAGUAAGCGAAGCCUGUGGGAACAGAAAGGGGGCACAAAAACUGAAGCCAACGCCAAGACUACCCCUUCUGGCAAGAAGUACAAGUUUGUGCCGACCGGGCAUGGCCAGUACAAAAAGGUGCCAAUAGAUGAUGCAACGGAGCAAUAGUGUGUGUGGAGUACCAAUCAAUCAGCUGAGCUUGGUCCUGGCUAGAUGCAACCCUGUACUCAACGCUGAUGUUUCCUCUACUCUGCGGGAGACCACCGAUGGAUAUUUCUCCCAGUCCUUGGCAGGCAACUUCACUGUGCUCUGGAACAGCCUAGCUGUAUCCUCAAAUGGGAGCAUCCCCCCCACACUGCUUUCAUGUGGAUGAAAGGAACACGAUCAGCUGGCUCUUUCCUCAUUUUAACUUUCUUAAAUGACUUUGCUCUUUUGUAUGUGGCUCCUCUGAGCCCUUCUGUGUCCGGCUGGAGAUGGGAGACAGUUACUUUUGGUCCUCUCUGAUCUCUUGAAUGUACGAAGAGAAGGAUCUGCCAACUUGCCUAACCCAGCAGGGGGCAGAAGGGGUCUCAACCAAUGAGAAACCUC